GGGAGAUUCGGCCAAUGGCACCGUCGGUUACAACCGCACUUCUAGCCGGGGCCAAUGGGAAAACGGCUUUCUCAGGGAGACUCCCAGAGCGGCAGGCAUGGCCCCGCCGGUGCGGUGCUGCGUCCCAGGUGAGCGGCUCUGCAGCCUGGAGGAGGGCGCGGCGGGCAGCGGGACCUACACCCGGCACGGCUACGUGUGCGCGGCGCUGGCCGGCUGCCUGGCGAAGACGAGCGAGGACGGAGCGCUGCCGGUGGUGUCUGUGGUGAGAGAUGCCGAGUCCCAGCUCCUGCCCGACGUAGGGGCCAUCGUGACGUGCAAGGUGUGCAGCAUUAACUCCCGCUUCGCCAAGGUGCGCAUCCUGUACAUCGGCUCCACACCGCUGAAAUCCGCUUUCCGAGGCACCAUACGGAGAGAAGACAUUCGAGCCACAGAGAAAGACAAGGUGGAAGUUUACAAGAGUUUCCGUCCUGGGGACAUAGUCCUGGCCAAAGUGAUCUCCCUGGGGGACAUACAGUCCAACUACCUGCUGAGCACAGCGGAGAACGAGCUGGGCGUGGUGGUGGCUCACAGCGAAGCAGGGGCACAGAUGGUGCCGAUCAGCUGGUGUGAGAUGCAGUGCCCCAGGACACACUCCAAGGAGCUCCGCAAGGUGGCCCGCGUGCAGCCAGAAUUCCUGCAGACCUAGCUGGCCAGCCUGUGCCCCGUCCCUGCUGCAGGGCCCUGCAGGCCGCCAGCCUGCGCCUCCAUUGUCAUCCCUUAACCAGAGCAACCCCUGCAGGCCAGUGAGCCAGGCCAUGACCUGCCCCAGGGCAGGGGGCCUGUGCGUGCAGCCAGUACCUCCUGGAACAUCCACUGGAUUUUGGAUUGUGUUAAGGCUAGUGUGGGGGGAGUAGGGUCCCCUAUGCCCUUCUGCAAGGGGUAGCCCCUGCCAGGGCCCUGCUCCCCAGUUUGGUUUUUAAAGUGCUGUGCCCUGAACAAUAAACAUAUUCCUGAAGGGCUCUGGGCUCCUGUCAUGCUGGUGAGGAUACUGCUUGGCUGGCUGUGCCCACAAGCUGGCAUCCCCUUCUGGGAGCUGGAAUCCAGGCCCUGUUAGCUCCUGCUGCUCCCUGCACAGACACCUGCUCUGUUCAGGUAUGGGCCCCUGUGCCACUUGGUGCCCAGGCUUAAAUGGAACCACCCUCGGAGGCUGCCCCUACUGCCCAGCCUUGGCUUUCGCCAGGGCACUUCUGCAGGACGGUGUGCACUGUCCAGGACUGAGAGGCCAGACUCAAGAACUGGCCUCGGGUGUGGGCAAACAGCCAGGGCUGAGCCAAGGGAGGAUUGCCCCCUCUAAUGCUGCAGUCCUCACACAGCUUCUAAAGGCAGUUUUCAUGACCCCUUAAAUUUCUACUAAGCUACCCGGCCCCUGCUAACCCUGUGUAAUUGAGUUGGGUGGGGGGAAGAGAGAAGGCAGCAGCAGAUGGGAGAGCCUACCAGAGUGGGUUCUGUUCAGGGUGUUCCCUUGAGGAGCUAAGUGGCACAAGGCCUGGGCACCCAUCACAGCCACGGUUCCACCCCAGGGAAAGUCUAGACAUUGUGGGAGCCAGCUCCACCAUGGCAGCAAUGCAGGGCAGGCUGCAGUAGCUAGAGCGGCUGUGAGAACACUGCCGCACUGGCAGGGGCUGGGGGGAUCAGGGCAGCCCUCCCAUGGUUUGUAAUCAGUGGAGCAGGGCCUGCUCCUUUCCAGCAGGUGUUCCAGGAGCAGCUGGGGGGCUCUUGGCCAAGGGAAAGGGAGACCAGACUUUGCCAUGGCUGGAGGAGGAGGAACAGGACUGUAAGGACUCAAGGCCCAGCUGGGGUAGGCAAAGGGCCUAAUGGGUGGGUGUGUGUGUACCUGGUGUCACAGGCUCCCCCAGUUCCAUCACUGCCCCUGUGCUGGCCCUGCCGAGGGACUGACAGACACAGCAGCUAUUGCACAUCACUCCUUUAUUGUACUUAACGAGACAACCGCUAUUGUUGGACAGUUACACUAGACCCAGUGCAAACCCAGGCGCA